AACGCCAUCACCACGGGGCUCAUUUGCGCGCGCGUCUCCUCUCCAACUUGUAGUGGAUCUCCGCGCGGCUGAAACACAGCGAUGGACGCCACCAUCUAUGAGAUCAUCCUGGGAGAGCUCGGGGACUUAAACUGCACUUUGAUGGAGCAUUUUCACGACUCUUUUUUGGAAAACGCAUCGUUCUCGUUGCUGAGCACUGAUGGUUUAUAUUGCAAUGCCACCACGGAUGAAAUUGGAACCUGCUGGCCGCGGAGCAGCACCGGCAGGAUUGUGGAGAGACCCUGCCCUGCUUAUAUUAACGGGGUGAAGUACAACACCACGAGUAAGAAAAGAUCAUAAGUUUUAUACUUGUUUGACAAUGGUCUGUGGUUCGACAAAUCAAAUUUUAUGAGCUGUGAACCACAUCUUAAAACCAAAAGGAAAUACCCCAUGCAUUAUAAGAUAGCCCUGAUCAUCAACUUCCUUGGCCACUGUAUCUCUGUGGGAGCUCUGGUCGUGGCUUUUGUUCUCUUCUUGUGCUUAAGGAGCAUACGGUGUCUUCGGAACAUCAUCCACUGGAAUCUGAUCACCACCUUCAUCCUGAGAAAUGUUAUGUGGUUUUUGCUUCAACUGAUUGACCACAAUAUCCACGAGAGGAACGAGCCUUGGUGUCGACUAAUUACUACAAUCUACAACUAUUUUGUGGUGACAAACUUUUUCUGGAUGUUUGUUGAAGGAUGCUACCUUCACACAGCUAUUGUAAUGACAUAUUCUACUGACAAGCUGCGAAAGUGGGUCUUCCUCUUCAUUGGCUGGUGUAUCCCAUGUCCUAUAAUUAUUGCUUGGGCCAUUGGGAAGCUGUAUUAUGAAAAUGAACAAUGCUGGUUUGGUAAAGAACCUGGAAAAUAUAUGGACUACAUUUACCAGGGACCAGUUAUUCUUGUGCUUCUGAUCAACUUUGUUUUCCUCUUCAACAUAGUAAGAAUCCUCAUGACCAAACUAAGAGCUUCAACCACAUCUGAAACAAUACAAUACAGAAAAGCCGUGAAAGCCACACUAGUCCUGCUACCUCUGCUGGGCAUCACAUAUAUGCUGUUCUUUGUGAACCCGGGCGGAGAUGACAUCUCACAAGUCGUUUUCAUCUAUUUUAACUCCUUUUUGCAGUCAUUUCAGGGAUUCUGUGUUUCAGUGUUUUACUGCUUUCUAAAUGGAGAGGUUCGCUCUGCUGUAAGGAAACGUUGGCACCGCUGGCAGGACAACCACACUCUCAGAGUGCGAGUGGCUCGAGCCAUGUCCAUCCCCACAUCACCGACCAGGAUUAGUUUUCACAGCAUCAAACAGACCACAGCUGUGUGA